AAUUGUAUUUACUAAUAAAUGUGUAGCAUUUUGCGUAAUAACUUCCUUUUUUAAAAACUUAUUUAAUCGAUGCCCUUCUUCGAUUAAUAACUUACCGCGUCAAACUAACCUGCGCAUACACAUAAACACGUAAAAACAGUAUGUCACUGGAAGAAAGUAUAAAAGAGGAAGACGAGUGCAUAAAAGAGGAGCCUCACUGUCAUAUUGACCAUCAUCUAAGCACUGGGCUGGACCCUGUAGUGCGUAUAAAGGCAGAGUCUGAAUGUGCCACAGAUAUACCAGAGAGCAAAGAGGAUUCAGAAGAUAUUGUGAGGGAUGAGCUGGCUGGGUAUACCGGCCAGGAAGUGAAGAAUGAACUUGACCUGGCCUCGGAACUGUUACGUCAGAUCGAAGAUGACCAUAUUUCAAUUGAUGGAUGGAUGGAAACACAGAUUAAGGAGGAGACAAAUCCGGAGUUUUUAAGUUGUGUCAAGCAAAUAUUGCACCAGAAUUGUGUUGUCAAACUCGAGCGCAUACCUAUUGAUAAUUUCAAGAAAUCUCAACGCCAUUCAUUGCCCAGGUUAACUUCUAUUCCAACAGCAAAACUGAAGAGAACAAGAAAAAAUUGUAACAAAAAGACCCUUAAAGUUGCGAAGAAAGUUUACAUUUGUGAUACUUGCAGCAAACCAUAUGCAAGGAGAGCUUCAAUUAUCAAACACUUACUAAAUAAAAUGUGUGGAAAACCUUACGCUUGUGAAAUAUGUCAAAAGAAGUUCCCGUACCCUUCGUCUUUACGUAACCAUAAGUUAACUCAUUCAGGGGAGAAACAUUUGUAUGAAAAACCUUACGCUUGUGAAAUAUGUCAAAAGAAGUUCCCGUACCCUUCUUCUUUACGUAACCAUAAGUUAACUCAUUCAGGGGAGAAACAUUUGUAUGAAAAACCUUACGCUUGUGAAAUAUGUCAAAAGAAGUUCCUGUACCCUUCGUCUUUACGUGAACAUAAGUUAACUCAUUCAGGGGAAAAACCUUACGCUUGUGAAAUAUGUCAAAAGAAGUUCCCGUACCCUUCGUCUUUACGUAAACAUAAGUUAACUCAUUCAGGGGAGAAACCUUUCAAGUGUGAACUAUGUGGAAGAAAGUUUGCCACUCAGUCAUCCUUGAAAUACCAUGUUCUUACACACAUGGAUGACCGUCUGUUUUCUUGUGAUAUAUGUAACAAGAGAUUUAAUUACGAAAGAAAUUUAAUCAACCAUAAACGUUCUCACUCGGACGAGAAGCCUUUUGAGUGCGAUGUUUGUGGGAAGCGAUUGAAACAUAAAGAAAGUUUGGACGAGCAUUUACAAACGCACGGAUUUUACGGUAGUAAACAGAUGUUUUCCUGCGACUUUUGUGAAAGUAAGUUUGGUCGAAAGUCCCAUUUGGUUAUACAUGAGAGAAGACACACUGGCGAAAAGCCAUUUCCAUGUGAAGUUUGCAAAAAGGGUUUUAUUUCUAACUCAGUGUUAACAUCACAUAUGAGAAUACACACCGGGGAAAGACCUUAUGCCUGCGAAAUAUGCCCAAUGCGGUUCACAACAAGUGGAAGAUUGAGUUUCCAUAAGCAAAAGCAUUCAAGAGCGAAUUAUAAGCCACGAAUUUGUCAAGGGCAAGUGUUUAAGUGAAAUUUCAGAGGGUAUCAAAUUUUCUUGCGCAGUGUAAUCAUUAAAUUUGUUGAAACUUCACGAAAAAAUUAAGGACAAACUGUUUGCUUUUUUUGUUUUGUAUUUAAUUAUACGUCGUAUAACUGAGGCGGUUUGUAAGAAGUUAAUGGUCAGCUUUUAGUCCCAAAACUCAGGCAAGAAAAUUACAUUUACGUCCGUCUGAAAAGGUAUAAUUUGUUA